AUGAAGCGCAAGGCUGAAAAACAGCAAGCGGGUGCUCCUCAGAGCGCCUUCGCUGCCUUCGCUGCGCGCAAAGCUCGCCAGCAACAAGCGCAGGAGCAAGUCGUACCAAAGGAGACUCCGCAAGCUGUAGCUGCAACCGAACCACCCUCGAAAAAGCCGCGACGAUCGCUCGAAGUAGCCGAGACCGAACAAAAUGGAGAGUAUCGCCCGCGAACAAGGACCGCAAAGAAGCAGAAUGAGCCUUUGCCUGCAGAAAAGUCGCCAGAGAAGCCGACAAGAGUCACUCGAUCUCAUAUGUCUGAGGUCCAACCAGAGCCGGAGAAUGCCUCAGAGCAAUCAGAUGCUGAGUCCGAGCAAGAGGAAGUCGCAAAUGUGGAUGAAAUGGAUGAGGACGAAGUCGCGUCUGUAGCAGGUGAUGCCGAUGGCUAUGAAUCACCUGCGGAAACCACGACAGAGCUCCAAAACUUCCCUCUGUCAAAGGCUCGUUUGAACAAGAGCAACAUCGUCUACAGUGACGGUAACACUCUUUGUAUCCGUAUCAAGGAGAGAACAAAUCUGGCAUUGAUUGGUCAAUAUGAUCUUUGGGUUAAAAGAGGCGUUGUCAGUCUGAUGGGCGCGAAAUUGCACCCUUCCGCAGAAGUGCAUAGAGUUUAUGCUCCCUCAACACACUCAUUGCCGGUUAUCAAAUGCGUGUCUGGUCCUGAUGGUGAAGCUGAGGUCGAAAUCAAGUCAUGCAGCAGCGGCAUUGCCCAUCUCCGGGACCUUUCCCCUCUAUAUCAAAAGAUCUGGGCUGGUCAAAACACGGCUGCAGACAAAAUAACUUUGAAGGGCGUUACGAAAAACUCCAAGCGAACCUUCUCAGUUCUGUACACAUCGUCAGAUGAUACUUUGAACAGACAUCUUCGACCCCUUCACCUCGACAAGAAGUGGAGUGCGUCGAUGAAAGCCCUUUCACAGCGCCAAAGCAGACUUCGUGUUUUGGUAUGUGGUCCCAAGGCGUCUGGGAAAUCUACUUUCAGUCGCUACUUGUUAAACCAUGUUCUCAGCGCCGCGCCUGAGGUCGAGACCGGAUACACGAAUACGGACGGUGUUGCUUUCCUGGAUCUAGAUCCAGGUCAGCCUGAAUUUGCGCCCAUGGGCCAAGUCUACCUUGCGCGCUUGUGCUGCCCAUUCUUUGGCCCGCCUUUCACCCACCCUUCGCUGGACGAGUCCCGCGACGGUGAAAUGGUGCGAGCGCAUCAUAUCGGAGCAACAUCACCCAAGGAAGACCCAGACCACUAUGCCAUGGCGGUCAUGGAUCUGAUGGAUCAAUAUCGCUCAUUGUUGGACAAGUAUCCUCGGUGCCCUCUGAUUAUCAACUAUCCUGGUUGGAUAUUUGGUCAAGGAUUAGAGGUUGCAACAUGGUUGGUAAGAUCACUUGGUCUUUCCGACGUGGUUUACAUGAGCGAAAAGGGCCCAUCAGAGGUCGUGGAUCCUUUGUCUCUGGCAGCCCGUGAAGCCCGCGUCCCCUUGACCAUCCUUCCUUCGCAACCGACCGACUUUGUGAGCCGUUCAAGCGCUCAACUGCGCGCCAUGCAAAUUCAAUCAUACUUCCACAUGUCUCAACCGUCUGAUCUCAGCACUCCAUUAUGGACGAAUGGUCCUCUCUCUCGUUCCAGACCCAUCACCGUGGACUACGCUGGCGCACGGCAAGGAAUCAUGGGUAUCAUGGUUAUGGGGUCUCAGAUCAACCCUGAUCUCUUGCAAGAAACUCUCGAAGGGGCCAUUGUAGGCAUUGUGGCAGUGGAAUCGCCGAGUGCCCUCACAGGUGAGAUGGCAGGCCCCGAGGCCUUGAAUGACUCAGACAUGGACAUGGAUGAAGAGACCCCAGGUUUGAUUGAGUCAAUCCAGGCUGCUGCAUCCGAAAGCGUUGUACGAACACGCGAAGGUCUUCCCUAUCUUUUCGUUGGGUCCGGCAGUUGCAUUCCUUUGGAUCCAAGAUCUUCGCAUUGUCUCGGUCUGGCUUUAGUCCGCUCGAUCAAUACCUCUGCGCAUAAGCUUGAACUCUCUACUCCUAUUCCUUCUUCCCUUCUUGAAAACUCUAUCCAAAAGGGCCACGGCCUUGUGCUGGUUCGUGGUCAGGUUGAUAACCCCAAUUGGGCUAUCAGUGAAGAAUACUAUGCUGCUCGUGCAGCAGAACGUCGCUACCAACGGUCAACAUCCCGGUCGCACAAAUCUGGAGACUCUGCUACUGACGGUGAUCCUGAGCAUAACCGAACCCUUGCGCUCCUGCGUGAGAGGAUACGGAGAGCUAGCAACGUACCCUGGAUGACCGUUGUAGAAGACAAUAGUCGUCACCGACGUGAAGCUGCUGCGCGUGAAAAGUCAUUAUGGAAGUUGAGGAAGAAGGCAUACCCCGGCAGUGACAGCGAGCCAGAGUGGUAG